ACGUGACAAAUUUCAAUAUGGUUUCUGUGCUCCGAUCUCUCGAUUUAGCUGCAAGUCCUAAAUCAUUGGUGUCUUAUCAAAGUGAUUCUUCCGAUGAAGAGAGAAGUAAUAAUGAUAAAUCUAAAGAAGGUGAAAAGUCAAUAGAGAGCACUGUCAAUAUGGAUGCCCUAAAACCUAAGUUUCUUUUAAACAGCGCGCCAAUUGUUGAUGCUAAGGAAGGAAUUAAUUGGAGAAGACACAUCGAUCCUUUAAUGAAAGAAGUUACAUUUAAUGCAAAGUAUGACGAACUCUUUUCAGCUUCGAUUGGACUACAAAAUCCAUUUAAAACGAAGCAGCAAAGAGCACAUAAAAAUAUGUUGUCUGGCUAUGUUGAGCCAUCUCAUAUCAGUAAAUUUCAAUUUGAUAAUCAACUAAAAACAUUUUCAAGUUACGGUUAUGCAUUAGAUCCAAGUGAUGACACAGCUCACAUUGAAGAGAAGUUUGUUGGGGAAGUUGAGAAAGCAAAGGAUAGCAAGGGAUUGACUGUGUUUAAAGCUACAAAACAGCAGGCGGGAGAUAAGAGGAAGAGAGAGGAUAGGGGAGAUCCUGGUGUGAUUGAUGGAUACAAGGGACCAUGGAGUAAGUUUGUUGAUGAAGAAACUAUUGCUAAACCAUAUGAGGAAGAGUCAGCAAUCCUUGAGGAGUAUGAAUUAUCAAAAAAAAACAAAUCAAAGAAAGAUGAUAUGAAACCUUCAGAAGAGAAAUCCACAUUACACAUUAAAGAUGCAUAUGACUAUCAAGGAAGAUCAUAUCUUCACAUUCCACAAGAUCUUGGCAUUAAUCUCAAGUCAGAUACUCCUCCAGAACGAUGCUUUCUACCAAAACAACAUAUUCAUACGUGGUCUGGUCACACUAAAGGUGUUUCUGCAAUAAGAUUCUUUCCGAAAUCUGCUCAUCUUCUUCUGUCGUGUAGCAUGGAUUUUAAAAUUAAGAAACUACAAGAUGAUAUUCAUGUAAGCGCCAUUGGCUCUGUUUUUGCAAAAUCUAACAUAAGAGGAGGAAUUUUACCCAGAAUGUUAGAGGAGAUAUUAUACUCACGUAUUAUGGUAAAGAAAGCUAUGAAAGAUUGUAAAGAUGAUAAAACUCUUCUUCAACUUCUUGAUGCUCGACGACUUGCUUUAAAGUUGAUUCCAAAUGUCACUUAUGGUUACACAUCAGCAAACUUCUCAGGGCGAAUGCCAUGUGUUGAGGUCUGGUCACACUAAAGGUGUUUCUGCAAUAAGAUUCUUUCCGAAAUCUGCUCAUCUUCUUCUGUCGUGUAGCAUGGAUUGUAAAAUUAAGAAACUGCAAGAUGAUCUUCAUGUAAGCGCCAACGACUCUGUUUUGGUAAAAUUUAACAAAAGACUAGGAGUUUUACCCAG